AUGGACCUCGUCUUCAUGCUGGCCCCAGGGAGCCUGGAGCAGGGGCCCUGGGUAGCCCCAGUCUUCUCUCUGCCCGAGCGGCCAGCCCAGGGCCAGCUGUUCAGGGGGUCUAAUGUCCCGGCUCCCGUGUCCCGUGCUCCCGCCCCUCGGGAGCGUGGCCUGAAGGCCUGGGUCCAGCUGCCUGCCCUGGUGACCCCAGGGACCCGGUGCGCUCCGGCCAUUCUGCCAGGCCUAAGGGCAGCACGACGUGGUCAGAGGGCAGAGACCCUCAUGAGGGGAGGCCGCAGAGGGCGGCAGUUGAACCCCUUCGGCCUGAGGGAGCUCGAGAGAGCCCUGGCAAAGUUAGAGAGGUUCGAGUUUUAUGAGCGGGCUAAGAAGGCUUUUGCUGUUGUGGCAACGGGGCCUGGUGAAGACCACCUGGGCCGGAAGAGGAAUUGGGGGCACCCUGAGCUCCGGUACCACCACUCACAACAGGCCUCCCAGCAGCAGCCCCAGACCUGGGCCCUGGCCAGGGCUCUAGGGGGCCGGCAGUCAUGGGGUGGGCCCUGCCAAUUGGUGCUGACCACGCGCUGUCCUCCCGGCUGUUUAGUUCUUGCGGACUUGAACUUCCCGGCCUCCUCCAUCUGCCAGUGUGGGCCCCUGGAGAUCCGUGCAGACGGCCUGGGCAUCCCGCCGCUCCUGGAGGCCCUGCUGAAGCUGCUCCCCCUGGACACCUAUGUGGAGAGUCCGGCUGCAGUCAUGGAGCUGGUGCCCAGCGACAAGGAGAGGGGCCUGCAGACCCCGGUGUGGACGGAGUACGAGUCCAUUCUACACAGGGCCGGCUGCACGAGAGCCCUGGCAAAGUUAGAGAGGUUCGAGUUUUAUGAGCGGGCUAAGAAGGCUUUUGCUGUUGUGGCAACGGGGGAGACAGCCCUCUACGGAAACCUCAUCCUCAAGAAGGGGGUGCUUGCCCUCAGCCCCCUGCUGUAGGCCUGGUGAAGACCACCUGGGCCGGAAGAGGAAUUGGGGGCACCCUGAGCUCCGGUACCACCACUCACAACAGGCCUCCCAGCAGCAGCCCCAGACCUGGGCCCUGGCCAGGGCUCUAGGGGGCCGGCAGUCAUGGGGUGGGCCCUGCCAAUUGGUACAAAUGUCCCUGAUUUGUGAAAAUGAUGAAAAAACGUAGUCGCCGGUAAA